GAUAUUACAAAAAUCCGAGGGGCAGCUCAAUUGUAAAAUCGCAAAUAUUUGGGGAAAUCGCAUAAUUAGCAGAAUGCUGGAAGAGCUCCGAAGUUCUCUUCGGGCUUUCUUUCAAGUUUCAUUCCCAUCUGCCUCUCUGCGCACGCUGAGCUGUGUUGAGCUUCCGAAACCUCGUUAUCUACGGGAUUUUCAUCAUCUUGCGGGAUCAUUUUACCAAACACCAUGAAUAUUUUCGCUAAGAAACCUAACGCCAAAGAGGCGCUUCGUGAGAGUAAGAGGGAAAUGUCACAUGCUACGAGAGGUAUAGAGAAGGAAAUUGCAACUUUGCAAUUAGAAGAAAAGAAACUUGUUGCUGAGAUAAAGAGAACAGCUAAAACUGGAAAUGAGGCAGCUACUAAAAUUCUUGCACGUCAGCUAAUCAGGCUUAGACAACAAAUAGCUAAUUUACAAGGUAGUCGAGCUCAAAUGAGAGGUAUAGCGACUCACACGCAGGCACUGUCUGCACACUCUUCAGUUGCUGUUGGCUUGAAAGGGGCCACUAAGGCAAUGUCAGCUAUGAAUAAGCAAAUGGCUCCUGCUAAGCAGGCAAAGGUGAUACAAGAAUUCCAGAAGCAAUCGGCACAAAUGGAUAUGACUACUGAGAUGAUGUCUGAUGCUAUUGAUGAUUCCUUGGAUAAUGACGAGGCUGAAGAGGAAACUGAUGAGCUGACAAAUCAGGUGCUAGAUGAAAUUGGUGUUGAUGUUGCUUCCCAGUUGUCAGCAGCUCCCAAAGGAAAAAUUGCGGGAAAGAAGACUGAGGAUGUUAGCAGUUCGGGUAUUAGCGAUCUGGAGAAAAGGUUGGCAGCCCUCAGAAAUCCUUGAGCUGAAGAAGUUUCUUAUUUUUCUGCUGUCUGAAUUCCCAGCUGGCUGUAAACUGUAAAUAAUUCUUCCUCUAUAUAUCAUCUACUAAAGAGGUUUAGCAUUUGAUUUGUCUUGUAUUCCCCUCCCUCCUUAAAAGACAGUACUAUCACGGGAUCUCUCUCUCUCUCUCUCUCUCUCUCUCUCUCAUCAUGAUGGAUGUUAGUACUAAGCCUGGGAAAGACGAGAAACCUGUGCUAAAUCGAUUCUGCUUUAUAUUUGUCUCA